AGGUGGCGUGAUGGAAAAAUAUCAAAUUUUCAUUAUUUGACGCAAUUAAAUAAAAUUGCUGGAAGAUCAUUCAAUGAUCUAAUGCAAUAUCCAGUUUUCCCUUUUGUUUUAUCUAAUUAUACUGAGACAACUUUAGAUCUGACCUGUCCGGAGUCAUUUCGGGAUUUAAGCAAACCAAUUGCUGCACAAAAUGAAGAUCGCGCUAAAAAGUAUAAAGAAAAUUACCAGGUAGAGAUUUAUUAUUAUCACAGCUUGCUGGAUUUACCUUAUCAUUAUGGCUCUCACUAUUCCAAUAGCGGAACUGUUUUACAUUUUCUGGUUAGAGUGCCUCCAUAUACGCAAAUGUUUAUUGAUUAUCAAGAUCAAAGCUUUGAUUUGCCUGAUAGAACUUUUCACUCAAUGGCUACUACUUGGCGCCUUUCAUCCUAUGAAUCUACAACUGAUGUAAAAGAAUUAAUACCCGAGUUCUAUUAUUUGCCGGACUUUAUAAAAAAUUUCGAAGGGUUUGACUUCGGUAAACGCCAAACAGGUGAAAAAGUAAACGACGUUUGCUUACCUCCUUGGUGUGAGAAUAACGCUCGUUUAUUUAUUUUAAUUCAUAGACAGGCGUUGGAGUCAGCUUGUGUCUCAAGAUCUAUAAAUAAAUGGAUUGAUUUGAUAUUUGGAUGCAAACAAACUGGCAAAGAUGCAAUCGAAGCUAUAAAUGUUUUUCAUCCAUCCACAUAUAAAGUUGCUGAUAUGGAUACCAUCAAAGAUCCAAUCAAACGUAAUGCCUACCUAACCAUGGUAAAUACGUAUGGACAGACCCCAUUAAGACUAUUUAGAAAUCCUCAUGUUGAGAAGAUUCCACAGGUAGAUCAAGGUACAAUAUCUACUAUUUUUGAUUCUGGAGCUGCAUUAUUUGCCCAACUAUCAAGAAGAAAUAUAGAAGAAAAAUCUAAAGCAAAUGAAAUAAUUCCGUUAUCAAAAGUGAAAGGUGUAGCUGGUUGA